AUGUCUCUCUCCCUCAGAUCAGAAGAUAGAGGAGUAGCAAUUCCAGAUUCCAUCCCUAAUGAUCUCAUCACAGAGAUAUUCUUGAGAUUGCCUGCAAAGUCAGUAGCUAGGUUUCGCUGUGUGUCGAAGCAAUGGCGUUCCAUGUCUCACCUUCCCUAUUUCACCGAGUUGUUCUUGACAAGGUCACGGUCUCGUCCGCGUCUCUUAUUCGCCCUCCAACGAGGCUAUCCCUGUGACUGGAGCUUCUUUUCGUCGCCACAGCUUCAGAAUCCAUACGAUUGCAAGGUUUCUGUCGGUUUUCAUAUGAAGCUCCCUAGAGAAAUGUGCACUGAACGAUUUUGUGGCCCUGUAUCUGGUUUGAUCUAUUUCUGUAUAAGGGAGGUCUCACAAAAGAGCGACAAGGAUGCAGUGCUUGUGUUUUUUAACCCUCGAACCAGACAGUAUGCCAAAUUUUCUGAAUUGAAAACGGACUUCUCGGCAAGUUUUUUAGGGUUUGACCCCAUUGACAAGCAAUUCAAGGUCUUGUCCAUGUCUCGUCCAUAUCAUAGAAUUCUGACAUUGGGAACUGGAAAUAUGAGGUGGAGGAAGAUCCAGUGUCCCUUAAACCAUCUUCCUUUGGGUGAAGUUGUAUGCAUCAAUGGGGCUAUGUAUUACUCAGCUGAAGUUUCCAAAAGCUCUUUUGCGAUAGUUUGCUUUGAUCUUAGAUCUGAAAAAUACAAAUUCAUUGAGGCAAAAAGGUAUCUUGAGGACUUGUUCAACUAUAAGGGUAAAUUAGGUAGGAUUAAUUUGAGGUAUGUGAAGGAUGGCAAUACCCUUGCGUUGCAUGUGAAGGUUCUAGAGGAUGUCGAGAACCAGAAAUGGUCUAAAAAUGUCUAUACUUUGCCGGAGAAUGCACCCGUUGAUCGCUACGAUGCAUACAUCGUUGGAGUGUCUGCUACAGGUGAAAUUGUUUUGUCGGAGAGACGUACAUCUCAGCAGCGGUUUUACGUUUUCUACUUCAAUCCCGAAAGGAACACUUUCCAACGUGUUGAAAUCCAAGGUUUUGGAGAUUACUAUCAUCAGAAUCCUGCUCAUAGUGUUUCUGUCUUUGUGGACCUCGUAGAAGAUCUUCAUGUUAACGAUGCAAAGUACCUCAAGUCAAGCCAAGGCCUAGAUAUCAUUAGGGAAAGGCCAACACCAUUAAAACCCCUGCCUAUACCACAGAAAAUCUGCAGCUCUGCUCCAUCUUUGAAGAACAAGUACGAAUUAUUAGAAGACUUAGAGUGA